GUUAUCUUCUUCUGCCACCAUCCCAUUGUUGAUUGUUUUGCAACGUCGAGCAUUUUCAGUCGAAGAACAAUGGCUGUAAAUGAAACGUCUACUGACAAAAAUAUGUGCUUAGAGGCUAAGAUGGUGUCUGAUUGCUUGAAACCCUCUUGGGUCACUGCUCAGACACCAUUUGCGCUCCCAUCUUUAAGAGUACCCACCUCCAAGUUCAACACUUUAGUUUCUCGAAGUCUCAACCUUCGGGAGCUUCGCAGGUCCAUGAAUUCGGCUGUUGAUAAGUUUUUCAGAGUGCUUCACUUACUCGCUUGUGAAAACCCAAUUGUGAAGAAAGUCCUUUCUCUGUCCUGUGAAUUUCAGAGUUUCUGCGCCCAGAUUCGCCGCAGUAACUACAAGAAGAUGAACCUGCUGUCUGGCCAUAAUUUCGCUGCUGUUUUACCUGGAGAUUCAGUGGCAGGGCUAGUGGUCGCUAAUGGAAUCUUGAAUUUUUUGAAUAUUUACAACACAUUACUGAUUGUCAGGCUUGUUCUGACGUGGUUUCCAAACUUUCCCCCUGCCAUUGUUAGUCCACUCAGCACAAUAUGUGACCCGUAUCUGAAUAUAUUCCGAGGACUGAUUCCCCCCCUUGGAGGAACACUGGAUCUCUCACCCAUACUGGCAUUCUUGGUUCUAAAUGCAUUCACCAGUACUGCUGCUGCGCUUCCUGCUGAGCUUCCGGUUCAAGGACAAACCCAACAUAGUUCUGUACCUCCAUCACAGCUAACUGAUCUCACCAGUACGCAGAAGAAAUGGAUGAGAAGGCUUCAAGGGAUCAGGUCAAGGACCUCCGGUGGUGUCAAUUAGAACAUAUUAGCUCUUAGCCACAGGUGCUUUCAUCUGUUUAGUUUCUACUGUUCCUUACCAGUGAUGAUGCUUUCAGCCAGGCUGCACAAUUUUUGAGCCUGCGAUUGGUGAGAUAUCAAGAGUUACACCCGGCCAUCGCUUCCUGGCUUCCGGCUGCCAAACGGCAUAUAUGACUCUUGGCCUAUAUCAAAAUUAAGAUUUGUAAUUGAUUAUUUCAUUAUGUUAUUCAAUCUAACUUUUGUCCUUGAGUCUGCAUUACAAA